AUGGCGCGGGCACUAUUCGUCGACAGCAUCCACCACAUUAAUAACUAUGCACAACCUCGCGCGGAUCCUGACCAUUCUGUUGGUGGCAGUCCUAGGCGUCCUUGCGCAGCAGCAGCAGCAGCACGACGAGCAGUAUCCGUACUUGGACCUGGUUCCGGAGUAUGUAAAAAGAUCGGAUUUCGUCGACGCAGGUCCAACGUUCAGAGGCCUGCGAGGGCUUCGCGGCAAGCGGAUGCCUUACAUGAAUCUCAAAGGACUUCGAGGCAAAAGAAUGCUCUAGGUCCAACCGCCCGUUGUUCAGAUUCUACUAAGCUCGCCGCCAAACCUUAG